AGGUUGUCGUUUGGCCAUUUUUUAUUCCCUAAAUGAGCCCUGGUGACAUUUUCCUGGUACUUAGGUAGCAGAGAUUCUACCGAUAUGGUACAAAUACCGAAAACCGAUUUUUGGAAAAAUGACCUGGCAACGCUGAUUGCAUUAUUAUUGUUUGGUAUCCCCGCCCCACGGAAAUAUUAAACUAGAAUAUAUAGCAUUUAUUUGUAAUUUUAUACCAGCAAAGGAAUGGACGGGAUUUCCAACGGUCAGCAGAAUAUUUUAACGCGCCGUCGAUCUUCUUUGUACUCUGGCGGUCCCGGGUCUUCUACGGCUUCACCGAACACUUACAAAGCUAGCUAUGAGAAGCAACUUGCCAACGAGAUCGAAAACUGGAGCAGACUUCUCCGAAACAAAGUUCAUGAAAUACAUGACCACAUGCAUAAGCAGAUUCAGCUUGACUCCACGUUACUCUCUGCCGAACAACAACAAUAUUUGGACCAAGGACCCAAGUUAAUAGCGUUUUCCAAGCAAUCAGAAGAAAUGAAUAACCUACUGGAGCGUUAUAUUCAACGGAAAUCGUUUCUUGCUCAACGUUACGACGCUAUCUUAGGUGAAGCUCGAUCUCAAACGGAUAACAAGGCUCUAGGUAUUACGGAAAAGCGACUUCUUUCAGAUGAUAUCAAAUGAUUUUCGGAAUCAAUGAAUUUUGUUUUUAUAUGGUUAAAUUCAUUGUUUAAAGAAUAUUUGUACGAAAAAAUGGUUAUUGUGUGAUU